AUGACCAGCAUCCCCAGCGUUGCGGCCAAUCCAUCUUGCGCCAAAAAGGACUAUGCCCUGCUGCAAAGCUGGAAAGCUGCUAUCGAAAUCGUCAUGCUUGUCCUUACCGCUGCUCCGUUUGGCAUGGCAGCCGAUGCGUACGGCCGCAAGCGAAUCCUUCAGCUAUCUGUUGCAGGCAUUACUUCAGCGCAGGCAUUCGACAUUGUCAUCGGUACUAAAAGACAUGCAUCCCGACGUGUGGAAACAGUGCAAUGGGACUGA